CCCAGUCUGGGUAUACAUUUUCUGAUAAGAAUGCAAUAAACAUCGCGACUAACUAAAGUUUCGAGUUUAUGAAUUAAAAAUGCCUUAGGACUCGUCCAGGAAGUGCCAUGUAGAGUUAACACAGUGCCACAAGUGCGGGAAUGGAGCAGCAAUCAAAAGUAAUCACCAAGCGGGCCAAAGCAGGCCAAUUCUAGUCGGGAGCAGCCGCCCAUCCCAGCCAGGAUGUCCAACGAUGUGCAGGUGGCCCGGGUAGCCAAGAUAGCUACGGAUGUGCCGCGUCGGAGUGGCAAGCAGCGGGACUCCAGCGGCUUCCAGGGCAAGCACUCCGGCAGCGCCGCUGGCGAGGAUUUCGAGUACGUCUUCGGGAGCAUCUCGCCGCGAGGAGGAGGACCUGGUGCCAGGCACUUGGUGGGGUCCUGCGACCUGGACUCCCCGGAGCACACGCAGCGGGACACCACCGAGAGCGACAACAACAUCUCCAGCUGCUCCACGCUAGACAUUGUCAACAAAGUUGAGCAACUGUCGGUGCAGCAGCUGGAGAACCGGGUGCGCGAACUUACCCAGCGCCUUCAGCAGGCUGAAAGACAGCUCACGGAGAGCAACACAGAGCGGGAGAUAUGUCACAAGCGGCUGGAGGUGGUCAGUCAGGCACACGAAUGCCGCAUCACCGAGAUGCACUGCGUCAUUGCGGAGUUGAAAAAACUGCGUAGCAAGCAGGAUCACAUUAUCAUGGAGGAACAAGAGCCCGAGGGCAGUGAACUGAGCUUUCAGGAGGCUGUGUACAACUCUGAGCUGAACCUCACCAAUCCCGAUGCCGAGUGCCAGACGGAACCACUGGAGGAUUUCGAGGGCGCCUGCAGCACCACCAGCGUGGGCAACAUUGGCCGCAUGCCGCAGGAACUCAGCCAUAAGGGACAAAUGGAGGCACUGCAGGAGGAGGUGCUGCACUUGAGGGCGCAGAUCGCCCUGCUUCAGUCCGAGAUUUCCACCAAGGAUGCAGCCGUGGUCGAGGAGCAGACCAAAGUGGCCUUCUUUGGCUGCGAAACGGAGGUCAAUGAGAGCGGACAGCGCCUCAAUGAUUUGAAUGCUUGUGUUUCCUUGACCAGCCCGCAGAAACGUGUUCCCGCCGUGCCGAAAAUGGCAGAACGGGUCAAGUUGCGUUGCGCCAGCAAACAUGAAUCCGGUGAAGAUCCAUCCCACGAACAGCAUACAUCCUUAAGCAACGAACACAUUAACCUAGUGGAACAUUUGGUGUGUGAGCUGAAGGAACAAAACCUGUUCAUGGAAAGCUUUAUGGAGCCACUGCAGCUGAGCAAGGAACUGGAGCGAUUUCAGCGACGGGUUGAACACUUGGAAAUGCGAAACACCAUGUUGGCACUGACCCUGGACGAAUGCAAAGAGCACACAGAGCACUUGUAUCUGCUAUGCGGCAAAUACGAGUCCAAUGCGGUGGCCCUUCAGCUGGCGCUAAACUGCAGCGAUCGCGCAAUCGAAGCAUACGACGUAAUGCUGGCUCUGCUAGAGAGCAAGUUGGCUCUGCUUGGAGAGAAGUCAGCGGCCGCGGAGGAGAGUCGCCUCGUGGAGGCAGUGGCCAGGCACCUGCUUGCCCGCCUGGACAGCGAGAAGAACGUGUGUGAAAAUAGCCUGGGACCGUGGCAGCACAACAUCAACCUUGGUCCCGAGGAUGCCCCAAAGAUUGGACGCUCCUGGUGUGCCGACGACGACAAUCGUCUGCGCUACCACGUCUCCAAGCUAAAGGGACGCCGAUCGACUGUCCAGCACACCAUCGUCAGUCUAGAAUCGCCAUUCAGCGACAUAUACGAGAGGAAACGUCUGGCCUUGGAGAAGGAGCACGAGCUGCGAAGCGACGACAAAAAGUCACCAAUCGACCUGGAGACGGCAGUGAUCAUGCAGGAACUGCUGGAGCUGCGGGACGCGAAUCUUCAGCUAAAGUCGAAGAUGGACGAGGCUGAGCAGGAGCGGCAGAACGCCAACGAGCGAGUGGGCAUACUCCAUGAAGCCUUGAAGCAGCUGCAGGCCAGCAAUCGGGUCUCCUACUCGGAGGCGGAGCACGCGGCCCUCACGGAGCAGCAGUUGGUCGAGGCCUUGACUCGGGAAACAGAGCUUAAGAGUCGCAUCCAGACGCUGUUGGCCAACGUCACCGCCUCGCAGAAGGCCUCCGACGAGAAGUACGAGCAACUGCAUCAAAAUGUGCGCGAGCUGCAGAAAUCCAACCACAACCUCGGACAAAUGUUGGAGCAAAGCAAGCGCAAGUACCAGCAGCGUAUAAGGAAGCUGGAGCAGAAGAUCGUUGACCUGCGACUGGACUACGAACAGGGCCACAGUCAUGUUCCUGAGACACUCUGUAGGUGUGAGGACUCAUGACGGCCAUCCAGGAGGACUGAGCAACUGGACGUAAAGAGGGCGCGCUUGUCACAUAUCCCGCAAAAGAUCUUUCCCUCUCGAUCAUAUCGCUUAAUUUAUCCUCAAUGCAAUGCCCAUCUGCCCGCCCAACAGUCGCUCCUGGACCCGACAUGAACAAGACAGUAUCACGAAUGUGCCAUGCGAUUAACUUGUAGCCGGCUGGGGCUGGGACGAGUGUGUCCUUGCCCCGCGGAUCAGGCUGCAGCAACUACAUACUCAACUACAUACAUACAUAUUCAGAGGUGCCAUGAGCAAGGCUCCAAACGUGGGAUUGGAGCAUCCGUAUCUGGGCCACAAGCAAUUACAUAUACAUUACACAUACGACUAGGCAAACUAAGGAGUUAGUUACUCACGACGCGUACACGGGAUCCUAUAUUUAUACAAUGUAUUCGCAUUUUGCUUGUUAUAUGAAUUCAAUAUGUAUUUAAAAUUGUACAAAUUAUAACAUGUCUACUGAAACUA